AAAUAGAAUCACUGGGAAGAGAAUUUAUGUAUCAGCUUUAUGGUGGCACAGAAAUGUGAAAUUUGUUAAAUUCUCCGUGCAGUCAAGAAACCAGGAAUACUUCAUUAGAAGUAAUUUCCCAGCUACUGGUUAGAGUGCCUGGUUAUUUGAGCAAGGACACAGCAGCAUAAGUAAAGUACCACAGGUUCUUGUAAAACGAAAAGUCAGCGUGAUACUUCCAGCUGGAUCAAGUACUUUGGCACAGGAACCAAGCUAGUUGUUUCCAACACACCAGCAAAACUUGAUUUCACCAAGAUUCAGGCCCUGCCUCCUUCUACUGAAGAAGAUGGGAAAGUAUCAUACAUGUGCCUCAUUCAGGAUUUUUACCCAAAUAUUAUUAAGGUGACUUGGGAAGAUGAGAACAAGAAUGCAGAGAAAAAUGGAGUGCAUGAGGAAAUCUGGCCCCCUGGUGACAAUCAACCGUCAUACUCAUUAAGCAGCUGGCUGACCGUAGAUAAAAAUAGCAGCAAGAAUUAUAGCUGCAAAUAUCAACAUGAAAGCAAAGAAGGUUUUGUUCUUACCAAAUCUCCAGACAAGCCUGUAGUAUCUCAAACCACAAGAAGUUGUAUCGACAAACCUGAAAACGGCACCAUGCUUUCCACAGAUAUUACAGACGGUAUCAUACACAGGACGGCGUCUUUAAUAUACAUUGCCCUUCUUCUGAAAAGCACUAUGUACUAUGUCAUCGUACUCUUCUUCAUGUACAGGAUGCAAAGUCCAAUCAAGCACUGGGGAAAAAAAACUUAAACUUCUCCUUACACCUUCCAUUGUCAGCAUUUGUGUCUGAAAUUUACUUUGCUUUGCCAUAAGCCUGAUCAUAUGAAACACUUUGUUCUAAAUAUUAAGACAUGCAUUUCAAUUUGAUUUUGUUGGUUAAUUUUCUAAUUAGCACAGACGGCUUCUUGUGCUUGAGAGCAAACAGAUUUAUAUGUGACCAUUUUUCCUAUUUUAUUAUUUUAAUUUUGUAACUGUGGAAUUUCAAGGGCUGAGGCUACACUCCUUGAUUUCAAUCGGAAUUUUGCAUCACAAAGCAGUGCAGAAUCAGUCACUUAGUCUCUUAACCUGCUAAAACACUUGUGCACACGAAGAACUUUUUCAGUGUGGAUAGGCCAACUGCACUCAGUGAAGUCCCAUAAAUA